AUGCUACGACCAACUAAUAUUAUAAGUUGUAAACAAGUACGACUAAGGCGGAACUUAGCAACUUUGGCAACUAUACAAGAACCAACCACAUUUAACACAUUUAAUCCAUCUAUACGGCAUGAUCCAUUCAAUUCAAUAAUUAAACCAUUGGAAAUUCCAUUAAAUACAAAACCACAUCCUUUAAUUCAAAUGAAUUUAGAGACGAUAAGUAAACUCACAAAGAAAGAAUUAAACCAUUUGAAUCAAAUCAACUAUGGAGACAUAAAUGAAAAAGCUGAAUUAUGUUUCAAAUUAUCAAAUAUUUUUCAGGAGUUGAGUAGUACGAAACAAGCGUCCUGGAUUUAUAAUUCAAUAAAUGAUGAGGAAAUAAAACAAGUAAUAUCAACAAGUAUAUCCCAAAGGUCAUGUGCAUUAAAUUUUAUAAUUGAUUCUACUAGUCAUAUAACUCAUUCAGAAUUUACAAAAUUAAUCAUAACAAUAGCGAAUGAUGGAAAACCAGAUAAAUCAGAUCGACUACUUAACUUAUUCUCAAGCAUUGCAAAUACAGAAAUGGUAAAUACAAAAUUAAUACAAAUAAAUACAUCAGUGUUUCAAAAUAUACUAAAUAUCAUAGAUGGAAAAGAUUAUCCAUUAUUAUAUUCAUACAUGAUUCAAAUUAACUUUCGACCAAAAUCAUCGAAAAAGUUUCAAGAGUUCAAACAAAGACUACUAAAUGAUUCAAUAAGAUCAAAAUUCAUAGCACAUACAGGUUACAUUAAUCCAAAAUGGCUCGAUUUAAACAAAACCGAAUUUGGUCAAACUCAUACUUUAAGAUUAAUAGAGUCCUUUGCAAUGGAAGAAUUGGAAAUAUCAACUGAAUACUUCAUAUUACAAAAUGAACCAGCAAAAUCUUCAUUAUUCUUAAAUUUCAUGUUAAUGAAGCUAGAAAAAAUAAGUUCCACUAAAAACAAACUUUACAUAGAUCAACAAAUUCAGAGAAUUCUAAACACCGUAAUAAAGUUAGUAAUAAAAUUCAAAGAUGCAUCAAGUGGAAUACAAAUAUUGAACCACAUGGUUUCUGAGAAUUUAAAAAUUGAUUUUCAGAUAUACUUGACAUUUUUACGUCAUUUAAGGUCAAUCAAUCAAUAUGAUGAGUUUAUUUCCAUAUUAAAUGAUAUGAACUUGCAGGAUUUAAAACCAAAUGACAAAAAAUUAUUGGCCAGCGAGAUUCUUUUAUUAAUGAAACAAAAAUUCCCGUCAUCUUCAAAAGUUAUAAUUGGGUAUAUUGGGGCAUUGUUUGAUAAUGGACUUGAGACAUUAAACGAUUUGGGGAUUUUAAGUUUACCUUAUGAGUCAACUAUAGCCAACAAGAUUUCUACUGUGGAUAUUGUUCAAAUUGCGAAUAUUGAUCAAAAUUUAAAAGGCUCCAAAAUAAAUUCAGAACAUCUUGCUCCUGUUUAUGAUGUUUUGUUGAAUUCUUUACAUGAGAAUAAUGAUGCUUCAACUAUUAUGAAAUAUUAUGAAAAAUUUGUUUUAGCAGACAGUGAAUUACAUACAAAUGAUAGAACCGUUACAGUAUUUUUGAAUCAUUUAUUGUAUAAUGGAGAUGAGAAACAUUCAACUCAAAUACCAAUCAACUAUCAAUAUGCUAAACAUAUAUUUGAAUACUACAAGCAAUUCAAAAUUAGGAACAUUUCAAUGCAGAGUUUCGAGCUUUUAAUAGAAGUAGCUUUAAAACAAUUCAAUGACGUAGAAUUUGCAUCAAAAGUGAUGGCAUACACAAGAACUUGCAAUAAACAGUUCACGUCAAAUCAAAUCAUAUCAUUUAUUGAAAAAUUCACUAAAGAUGGAGAUGAAACAAAAGUUGAGUUAUGGUUAAAUCAAUUAAAAUUAAUUGGUAUUGAAAGAACAAAUUCUAGAAAAAUUGUAAAUUCAUUAGAUUCAAAAGAUGCAUAUUUAUAUAAAUGGAGUUUAACUAAAAAGAAAAGAAAUGAUAAAUUAGCUUUAGUAAAAUUAAAUAAAGAUAAUUUGAUGUUUGAAACUACAAAUAAUAGUUUAGAUGAAAUUACUGAAGAAAUAAUUAAUGAUUAA